AUGAUAUCGAUCUAUCGUUUUUCAUUCAUUGUAUAUCAUACUCAAGUGUUCUUUAGAACAAAAAAAAAGUUUCACUUUUUACUCAAAGCAAUUCAAAAUGUACACAUUCACAAUGGAUUUCCAUACUUGUGUCAUUCUGCAUCGCGUCGAUUACGUUCUCACAAUAGUAAAAACCGUAUCGCACCAAUUUCAGCUAUUACUUCGGAUCAGUCGGCGAGAUACUUACAUACUGAAACAUACGAUUUACAAUGUUUCUAA